CUCGCUUUUUCAGCUCGUAUCAAAGAAAUUUCUGUUAAUCCAUGUUUAAAUUUGCUUUCCAAGUGGAGGAGGAACAAAGCCCAACACAACCAAAAGAUGAAGAAUCUGAUGCGAAGACGUCGAUCUUCGAUACACACGAACCGGAACAGGAAACGGAUCAAAAUGGUGUGGCAUAUGCCUGCGAAGAACUCCACAUGGUAACGAGUUUUCAGGCAAUAAAUCCAGAAGCGGUAAAUAGUUUUAAGCUAUCGGAGGAAUGUACGAUCGAGUACCUGAAUCAUCUCGCGCUGAUGGAAGAAACGUUUGGCGAAGAAAUUGUGACCGCCGAGACGGAUCAUUCCGAUCUGGUUCCCAACCGGUACGAAGGCGGAUUGAAGGUUUGGGAAUGCACAUUCGAUCUGGGAACGUUUUUGGCCGAUUCCGCCGAACUGAAGGCACAAUUCGUGGCGAAAACGGUGCUCGAUCUCGGCUGUGGCGCUGGAAUUCUCGGUAUCGAAGCGAAACUGUUGGGCGCGAGCGAAGUGCACUUUCAGGACUAUAACAAAGAUGUCCUCACGAAAACGACAAUGGUAAACUAUGAGCUGAACGAUCGGUCGGAUGACCGCGACGAUAGUUGUAAAUCGGACACCACGGUGGUUAGAUUUUUCUCCGGCGAUUGGGCUAGCUUUACGGAACGGUACGAGAGCACGUUCGAUCUCAUUCUCACUUCGGAGACGAUUUACAACGCACAAAACUAUGGCAAGCUGCUCGAUCUUUUCGAUUGCAAACUGUCCCCCGGUGGAAUAGUAUAUCUGGCGGCCAAAACGUACUACUUCGGUUCGGCUGAACACUGUUCCCCUUUUUCGUUUCUUUCCACAUUGAAUUACAUAACAUUUUAUAUAUUUUGUUCUUCAGUGCUGAGUAUGUAUUAUAACACUCAUUAAACGUAGCUGAGCUUGACCGAUGCGGAACAUUCGAGCCUUGCAUUUGUAAGAAUGUGUCUUCCACACACUUUGCAGUCCCACAUGACCCCGUUAGUGUGCAAAUUGAAGUCGCUUUAACAUUAAAAAUCAUGGUUUAUACCAGU